CAUUUAUGGCCGCGACCGCCGCUUCUGGAGGCGGCAGCUCCGCGUCGGCUUCCAGCUCCUGUGCCGCCGGGCCGCCGAGGAGAUCCUGGCCCUGCGCUGACGUCCCCAAGGUCCCCGGGGUGUCCCCAAGGUCAUCAGGAUGUCCCCAAGGUCAUCGGGACGUCCCUGCACUCCUCAAGAUGUCCCCAUGGAUCUCAAGAUGUCCCCAUGGUCAUCAGGAUGUCCUUGUGGUCCUCAAGAUGUCCCCAUGGAACUCAGGAUGUCCCCAAGGUCCUCAAGAUGUCCCCAAGGUCAUCGGGACGUCCUCAUGGUUCUCAGGAUGUCCUCGUGGUCCUCAAGAUGUCCCCAUGGAACUCAGGAUGUCCCCAAGGUCAUCGGGACGUCCCUGCACUCCUCAAGAUGUCCCCAUGGUCCUCAAGACAUCCCGAAGGUCAUCGGGAUGUCCCCUGCGCUCCUCAAGAUGUCCCCAAGGUCAUCAGGAUGUCCCCAAGGUCCUCAAGAUGUCCCCAAGGUCAUCAAGAUGUCCCCAAGGUCAUCAGGACAUCCCUGCGCUCCUCAAGAUGUCCCCAUGGAUCUCAAGAUGUCCCUAUGGUCAUCAGGAUGUCCUUGUGGUCCACAAGAUGUCCCCAAGGUAAUCAGGAUGUCCCCAAGGUCAUCGGGACGUCCUCAUGGUCCUCAAGAUGUCCUUGUGCUCCUCAAGAUGUCCCCAUGGACCUCAAGAUGUCCCCAAGGUCCUCAAGAUGUCCCCAAGGUCAUCGGGACAUCCCCUGUGCUCCUCAAGAUGUCCCCAAGGUCCUCAGGAUGUCCUCGUGUUCCUCAAGAUCUCCUUGUGUUCCUCAAGAUGUCCCCAAGGUCCUCAAGAUGUCCCUAAGGUCAUCAGGACGUCCUCAUGGUCCUCAGGAUGUCAUCAUGGUCCUCAAGAUGUCCCCAUGGAACUCAGGAUGUCCCCUGUGCUCAAGAUGUCCCCAAGGUCCUCAGGAUGUCCUUGUGUUCCUGAAGAUGUCCUCGUGGUCCUCAAGAUGUCCUCGUGGUCCCCAAGAUGUCCCAAAGGUCAUCAGGACAUCCUCAUGGUCCUCAGGAUGUCAUCAUGGUCCUCAAGAUGUCCCCAAGUUCAUCGGGACGUCCCUGCACUCCUCAAGAUGUCCCCAUGGACCUCAAGAUGUCCCCAAGGUCAUCGGGACAUCCCUGCGCUCCUCAAGAUGUCCCCAAGGUCCUCAAGAUGUCCCCAAGGUCAUCGGGACGUCCUCGUGGUCCUCAGGAUGUCAUCAUGGUCCUCAAGAUGUCCCCAUGGAACUCAGGAUGUCCCCUGUGCUCCUCAAGAUGUCCCCAAGGUCAUCAGGAUGUCCUCGUGCUCCUCAAGAUGUCCCCAUGGAACUCAGGAGGUUCCCUGUGCUCCUCAAGAUGUCCCCAAGGUCCUCAAGAUGUCCCCAAGGUCAUUGGGACGUCCCUGUGGUCCUCAAGAUGUCCCCAAGGUCAUCAGGACGUCCCCUGUGCUCCUCAAGAUGUCCCCAAGGUCCUCAAGAUGUCCCCAUGGUCAUCAGGAUGUCCUCGUGGUCCUCAAGAUGUCCCCAAGGUCAUCAGGACGUCUCUGUGGUCCUCAAGAUGUCACCAUGGUCCUCAAGAUGUCACCAAGGUCAUCAGGACAUUCCUGUGGUCCUCAAGAUGUCCUCGUGGUCCUCAAGAUGUCCCCAGUGUCAUCGGGACGUCCCUGUGCUCCUCAAGGGAUUCCCAUCAUCUCCAGGACGUCCCUGUGGUCCUCAGAUGUCCCCAAGUUCUCCAGGAUGUCCCCAUGGUCCCCAAGAUGGCCCCAUGUUCUUCAGGACGUCCCCAAGAUGUCCCCAAGGCCACCAGGACGUCCCCAUGCUCCCCAAGAUGUCCCCAAGUUCUUCAGGAUGUCCUCAAGGCCACCAAGAUGUCCCCAUGGUCUCCAAGAUGUCCCCAAAAUCUUCAGGACAUCCCCAAGAUGUCCCCAAGGCCACCAGGACAUCUCCAUGGUCCCCAAGACGUCCCCAAGUUCUCCAGGAUGUCCCCAAGAUCUUCAGGAAGUCCCCAAGAUGUCCCCAAGGCCACCAGGAUGUCCGCAUGGUCCCCAAGAUGUCCCCAAAAUCUUCAGGACGUCCCCAAGGCCACCAGGAUGUCCUCAGUUGUCCCCAAGUUCUCCAGGAUGACCCCAAGAUGUCCCCAAGGCCACCAGGACGUCCCCAAGAUGUCCCCAAGCUCUCGGGGACACCCCCGAGGUUUUUAAUUGUUUAAUUGC